AUGCUGCUGGGCCUGCUGGUGCUGCUGGUGGCAGUGCUGCUGUCCACCAUGAUUGCAGUACUGUCGUGGAAAAAGAGGAACUUAGAAGCAGAUGUGAAGGAGAUCCAGCUGUGCACGGCCAUCUUGGAGAGAGCUGAGCGGUCCAAGAGUGAGGCGGUGGCCAGCACGUCGCAUGAGCUGCGCACCCCAAUCAUUGGCAUGAUGGGCAUGAUUGAGGAAUUGUUGGACUCUUCAUUGGAGGAGUGGCAGCAUGAGGACAUGCGGGUGGCGAGGGCGUGUGCGGGCGAGACGGUGGAGCUCAUCAACCGAGUGUUGGACCUCGCCAAGCUGCAGGCCGGUAGGCUGCAGCUCGAGACUCUCCCCCCCCUGCUGCCUGCGCCGCAUCCAGCUGGCCACAUAGCCAUCCGCCUCUGGUGCAUCCCUCCUCCACAUGCCACCAGCACGUCACCUUCUCCAGCCACUGCUGCCACGGGCUCCACGGAGCCCCCCCUGGCGGCCUCAGCAUGGCAUCAGCUGGCCGGCUGUGUGCGGCGCUUCCCUCCGGCCACUUGCCUGCUCUGCCUCCCCCAGCACUGCCGAGCCAAGCAAGGGGGGCCUGUGGGCAACAGGGGUGGGUGGGCAUGUAGCAGAGACGGCAUGGGCAGUGCAGUGAAAAGGGAGGGUGGGGUUGGGCAGUUGGAGGAGGAGGUGAGGGAGUAG